AUGUUUGCUAAGCUUAUCUUCACAAGCCUCGUUCUGCAGCUGGCAGAGGCGACACGGCCAGCGGUCAAAGAGCAAUCCGGCGCCUGCACCUCUCCAGAGAACGCCGGGUGUGCCGCGUGCAACCCGAAUAACGGAGAUGAGCUCUGCCUCUCGUGCACAAACGCGCAGGAGUUCAUCCAGCUCAACAAGAAGGGGUGCACGGCCGCCUGCGCCGGGGAUGGAGUGAUUGGAGACGCUGCUGUCGACCCGAAGGUCUGCAAGUGUGACGGAGACAAUGGCUACACGCUCCAGGGCGACGCGUGCGUCAAGAGACAGGCCAACGAGUGCCAGACAGAGAACUGCCAGGAAUGCACUGGCAAAGGCACAGCCAACGAGGUCUGUACAAAGUGUACUUCUACUCAUUACUUGACACCAACAAACCAGUGCGUACCUGACUGCACAGUUAUCAAGGGCUACUACGGAGAUACUAACGAAGGGAAGUGUAAGCCAUGUAGCCCUGAGUGCGCUGAGUGCGUUGGGCCGGCCAACAAUCAGUGCAGUGCCUGUCCUGCUGGCAAGAAACUGACAUAUACAGAUGACAGCUAUCCUAAUAACGGAGGCGCCUGCGGGGAUGCGUGCAAAGUGUCUGCAGACGGCGCUGGCUGUGAGACAUGCGGGGCUCAGAUAGGAGGAACUGCAUACUGCUCAAAGUGCAAGACCUCCACUCAGGCCCCCUUGAACGGCGACUGUGCGGCCAAUACGCGAACACAAUUUUGCACUACAGUGAGCAAUGGAGUGUGCACUCAAUGCGCUGCUAACUACUUCCUCAAGGACGGCGGCUGCUAUCAAACAGAUAGACAGCCUGGUAAACAAGUGUGUAGUAGUGCACAGGGAGGAACAUGUACAAAAUGUGCCAACGGACUACAGGUACAAAGUGGAGCCUGUGGAAACUGUCAUUCUACUUGUGCUACGUGCAGUGCUCCCAGUAUUGCAAGCUCGUGUAAGACCUGUGCCACUGGGUAUUACAAGGAAAACGGUGACGAUACCACUGAUGGGUUAUGCAAGAAGUGCUCAGAGAAGAUCUCUGGAUGCAAGCAAUGUGUGUCAUCAUCUGGCAGUUCAGUCAUAUGUUUAGAAUCAGAAGUAGGCACUGGUGGAAGCGUCAACAAGAGCGGUCUCUCCACUGGCGCCAUAGCGGGCAUUGCUGUGGCUGCUGUUAUUGUCAUUGGUGGUCUCGUCGGCUUCCUCUGCUGGUGGUUCCUCUGCCGCGGGAAGGCGUAG